CGGGCCCCGCGCUCGCGCCGCAGGUAGCGGGCGGCGGCUUUGUCUCGCUCCCUCGCGCCCUGGCGCGGUCAUUCAUUUGACAUUCUGCUCCCCGAAGCGCCCGGAGACCGGCCGCGCCGGACGCUCCCGCUGAUUCGGUGAUUCCGGGGAGCUGGGACUUGGGGGCUCCGGCGAGCAUCACUCGGAGGGAGAGGAGGCUUCAUUUGCCUUCGGUUUGGAAUGUGUGGAACACCAUCACCGGCCCAGUUAUUCCUUUUCGAGUUGGGAGUCUUUGGAGUCAGCACAGGGAGCUCACGAGUAGAGUGAGAAGGGUUCAGUCGAUACUAAACUUGGAAAAGGACAGCUUCGAUGAUCGUAUGGACAGAGGUGGACAAGAGGCAAACUUCACCGCGGCCUUUAGCAUUUGUGGAUAAGAUUUCUGCUUUGGUCUUCUAGAGUCAUGGCAACUUGGGAUUCUUCAUUGUAGGAAAGCCACCUCGGAGAGGCAGACAGCAUGGCUAGCUCAGCCCGGGAACAUCUGCUUUUCGUACGGCGUCGAAACCCACAGAUGCGGUACACGCUGAGCCCAGAGAACCUCCAGAGCCUCGCAGCCCAGAACUCCAUGCCCGAGAACAUGGCCCUGCAGCGAGCCAACAGCGACACAGACCUGGUGACUUCCGAGAGCCGCUCCAGCCUGACGGCCAGCAUGUAUGAAUAUACCCUGGGGCAAGCCCAGAACCUGAUUAUCUUCUGGGACAUUAAAGAGGAGGUGGACCCCAGCGACUGGAUUGGGCUCUAUCACAUAGAUGAGAAUUCUCCAGCCAACUUCUGGGAUUCUAAAAACAGGGGCGUCACUGGAACCCAAAAAGGACAAAUUGUCUGGAGAAUUGAGCCUGGACCCUACUUCAUGGAACCGGAGAUCAAAAUCUGUUUCAAGUACUACCAUGGCAUUAGCGGAGCCCUGCGAGCCACAACCCCCUGCAUUACUGUGAAGAACCCGGCUGUGAUGAUGGGGGCGGAAGGCAUGGAAGGCGGUGCUUCCGGAAGUCUGCACUCUCGGAAGCUCGUCAGCUUCACGUUGUCAGAUCUCAGGGCAGUUGGGCUCAAGAAAGGGAUGUUCUUCAAUCCCGACCCUUAUCUUAAGAUGUCCAUUCAGCCAGGGAAGAAGAGCAGUUUCCCUACGUGCGCCCACCACGGGCAGGAGAGAAGGUCCACCAUCAUCAGCAACACCACCAAUCCCAUUUGGCACAGAGAGAAAUACUCCUUCUUUGCACUUCUAACCGAUGUCUUAGAAAUCGAAAUCAAAGACAAAUUUGCCAAGAGCCGCCCCAUCAUCAAGCGUUUCCUGGGGAAGCUGACCAUUCCGGUACAGAGGCUGCUGGAGCGUCAAGCCAGCGGUGAUCAGAUGCUCAGCUACAGCCUCGGCCGAAGGCUCCCAGCGGACCACGUGAGUGGCUACCUCCAGUUUAAAGUAGAAGUCACAUCCUCUGUCCACGAAGAUGCAUCUCCCGAAGCUGUUGGCACCAUCCUCGGAGUCAACACCGUUAACGGAGACCUGGGCAGCCCUUCUGAUGAUGAAGAUCUGCCCGGGAGCCAUCACGACAGCACCGUUUGCGCUAAUGGACCAGUGUCUGAGGACAGUGCCGCCGAUGGGACCCCCAAGCAUUCUUUCCGGACUAGCUCUACUCUGGAGAUGGACACAGAGGACUUAAUCUCUACUUCCUCAAGGACCUCACCUCCCAGAGGUCGCCAGGAUUCUCUUAACGAUUACUUAGAUGCUAUCGAACACAAUGGCCCCUCCAGGCCAGGGGCCGCUACCUCCUCCUCCGAGCGGCCCAUAGGCGCCUCUCCCAAACUGAGGAGUAGUUUUCCCACUGACACAAGACUCAAUGCGAUGCUCCACAUAGACUCGGAUGAAGAAGACCACGAGUUCCAGCAAGAUCUAGGCUACCCGUCUUCCUUGGAGGAGGAAGGGGGCUUGGUCAUGUUCAGUAGAGCAUCCAGAAGUGAUGCGGGGAGCCUGGCAUCUCAGACCAAGCCAGAGGAGGACAACCCCGUUGAGAACGAGGAUGCCUCUGUUCACGAAGUCGCUUCCUUGGAAGAGAGGCCGGAGAACCUUCCAGAGCUUGCCGAUGGCUCCUUGCCCUCAAGUUCAGCCCCUGAUGACAACGAAGCCAGCCUAGAGCCCUAUCCCAGUGCUGACCAGGGCGGCGCUGAAUUGUCAGGCUCUCAAGAGGCUGAUCAGACCCCGAGUGGUGCGGACACGGGAGCCUCUGACACAUCUGGAGGGAGUCGCAGAGCUGCCAGUGAGACCGAGUCCCUGGACCAGGGAUCCGAACCUUCCCAGGUGUCCUCGGAGACAGAACCCAGUGACCCUGCCAGGACAGAGAGCUUCAGUGAGGCCAGCACCCGGCCCGAGGGGGAGAGCGACCUGGAAGGUGCUGACAGCUCAUGCAACGACAGUGUGACCACACAGCUGUCCUCGGUGGACACACGGUGCUCAUCUCUGGAGAGUGCGCGAUACCCAGAAACCCCAGCCUUUUCUUCCCAAGAAGAGGAAGAGGGGGCCUGUGCAGCUGAGCCCACCAGCAGCGGCCCAGCAGAGGGGUCGCAGGAGUCCGUCUGCACUCCGGGUUCCUUACCUGCUGUGCAGGUGCCCAAUGGAGGAGAAGCAGAAGGGCCAGGGGCUGAGGCUGCCGCUCUAUCUGAGCAGGGGGAGCUGGGGGAGGUCUGGCAGAGGAGGGAGAGUCUGGAGGGAGCUGCUGCUGCUGUUGCUGCUGCUCCUGAUGCUGCCACUGAGAGCCAGCCCCAGGAAGAUGGGGAUGCUGGGGACAGCCAAGGUGCCUGCGAAGGGGCCGCUGCCCAGGAGGAGGGCGCCACCGGAGGUUCACAAGCCAAUGGCCACCAGCCAUUGCGGUCACUGCCUUCAGUGCGUCAGGAUGUCAGCCGGUACCAGAGGGUGGACGAGGCUCUCCCACCAAACUGGGAGGCGCGCAUUGACAGCCACGGCAGGAUCUUCUACGUGGACCAUGUGAACAGAACUACGACGUGGCAGCGGCCCACUGCUCCCCCCGCCCCCCAGGUCCUGCAGAGAUCCAACUCCAUCCAGCAGAUGGAACAGCUGAACCGGCGUUAUCAGAGCAUCCGGAGAACCAUGACCAAUGAGAGGCCUGAGGAAAACGCCAGUGCUAUCGACGGGGCAGGGGAGGAAGCCGACUUCCACCCGGCCAGCGCAGAUUUCCGACGGGAGAGCGUCCUGCCCCACUCUACCUCCAGAUCCAGGCUCACGCUGCUGCUGCAGUCUCCUCCUGUGAAGUUCCUCAUCAGCCCAGAGUUCUUCACAGUGCUGCAUUCCAACCCUAGUGCCUACCGUAUGUUUACAAACAACACGUGUCUGAAGCACAUGAUCACCAAAGUCCGGCGGGACACCCACCACUUCGAACGCUAUCAGCAUAACCGGGACCUCGUGGGCUUCCUCAACAUGUUUGCAAACAAGCAGCUGGAGCUACCGAGGGGCUGGGAGAUGAAGCAUGACCAUCAGGGCAAGGCGUUUUUUGUUGACCACAACUCCCGGACCACCACGUUCAUCGACCCUCGGCUCCCACUUCAGAGCAGCAGGCCCACGAGCGCGCUGGUUCAUCGGCAACACCUGACCAGGCAACGCAGCCACAGUGCUGGGGAGGUAGGCGAAGACUCUCGGCACGCGGGACCACCCGUUCUUCCCAGACCAUCCAGCACAUUCAAUACCGUCAGCAGGCCGCAGUACCAGGACAUGGUUCCAGUGGCCUACAAUGACAAAAUCGUUGCGUUUUUGCGUCAACCCAACAUCUUUGAAAUUCUCCAAGAGCGUCAACCCGAUCUUACCAGAAACCACUCACUCAGGGAGAAGAUCCAGUUUAUCCGAACUGAAGGGACCCCUGGAUUGGUUCGGCUCUCCAGCGAUGCGGACCUCGUCAUGCUCCUGAGCUUGUUUGAGGAAGAGAUCAUGUCCUAUGUGCCUCCACACGCCUUACUCCACCCCAGCUACUGUCAGUCCCCGAGAGGCUCCCCCGUUUCAUCUCCCCAAAACUCACCAGGUACUCAGCGUGCCAAUGCCCGGGCUCCAGCCCCUUACAAGAGAGAUUUUGAAGCCAAACUGAGGAACUUUUACAGGAAGUUAGAAACGAAAGGAUAUGGACAAGGCCCGGGGAAAUUAAAGUUAAUUAUCCGAAGGGACCACUUGUUAGAAGAUGCUUUUAACCAGAUUAUGGGCUACUCCAGAAAAGACCUGCAGAGGAAUAAGCUGUACGUCACCUUCGUUGGGGAAGAAGGGUUGGAUUAUAGCGGGCCUUCCAGAGAGUUUUUCUUCUUGGUAUCCAGAGAACUCUUUAACCCCUAUUAUGGCUUAUUUGAAUAUUCAGCCAAUGACACAUACACCGUACAAAUAAGUCCCAUGUCUGCUUUUGUAGACAAUCACCAUGAAUGGUUCCGGUUCAGUGGGAGGAUCCUCGGCCUUGCGCUAAUCCACCAGUAUCUGUUGGACGCCUUCUUCACGCGACCCUUCUAUAAGGCUCUUCUCAGAAUCCUGUGUGACCUGAGCGACCUGGAAUAUCUCGAUGAGGAGUUCCACCAGAGCCUCCAAUGGAUGAAAGACAACGACAUCCAUGACAUCCUGGACCUCACGUUCACUGUGAACGAAGAGGUGUUUGGACAGAUUACUGAACGAGAGUUAAAACCAGGAGGCGCCAACAUCCCGGUCACAGAGAAGAACAAGAAGGAGUACAUCGAGAGGAUGGUGAAGUGGAGGAUCGAGAGGGGCGUGGUACAGCAGACGGAGAGCCUAGUCCGUGGUUUCUACGAGGUGGUAGAUGCCAGGCUAGUAUCUGUCUUCGAUGCGCGAGAGCUGGAGCUGGUCAUCGCUGGCACCGCUGAAAUAGACCUCAAUGACUGGAGAAACAACACUGAAUAUAGAGGCGGGUACCAUGACAAUCACAUCGUAAUUCGGUGGUUCUGGGCUGCGGUAGAACGAUUCAACAAUGAACAGCGACUAAGGUUGUUACAGUUCGUUACAGGUACCUCUAGCAUACCCUAUGAAGGAUUCGCUUCUCUCCGAGGGAGUAAUGGCCCAAGAAGGUUCUGUGUAGAGAAAUGGGGAAAAAUCACCGCACUUCCCAGAGCCCACACUUGUUUUAACCGCCUGGAUCUGCCUCCGUACCCUUCCUUUUCCAUGCUGUAUGAGAAACUCUUGACAGCAGUCGAAGAGACCAGCACCUUUGGGCUUGAGUGAGCUGGGAGGAGGAUGCUCGGCUCUUGGCGGACAGGCAGCGUCAGAAGCCGCCUCCGGAAGAGUGGCAGAGCAGCGGUAGUCUCCAGCCCACGGUUCCAGGAGAACAAACUGCGUGUUGCUCUGGAGGAACACAGGCUCGUGUGUUGGGGGGCUGGCUGUGAGUGCCCUUGGAAGCCUUGGGGUGAGCUCGGGGCCCGUGGAACAACCCAACAGUCUUUCAAUCAACAGUUCUUGACUGCCAAACCUUUUCCCAUGCGUUAUGUUUCAAGAUAAAGGUGAACCUGCGCUUGAGCAACUCCAUGGGGGGACUUUCAGUGACUCGGGCGAAUCUUGGAACGCUCCCGUCGGGCAUAACUUCAAGCCAAACUGGCAGCACUUGGCCCAAUCUCCAAAUUAGUGCAAGUGGAAGAUUAUCAUAAAAAAAUAUAUAUUUCCCGAAAGUACAUUUGUUUAAGCCCUAAGUUAUAACCGAAAUACUCAUUUCUUGCUUACGCGUGCCUGCAUGGUGUCCACUAUAGGUUUCGACAUUCACGGAACGCGAGCGAAACGGAAGUCAGUAUGAGGUAACUGUAAAGAUUGGCCGCAAGGUGGUCCUGUAACAGUGUAUAUGCAAGUGGUAUGUGUGUCCUUGCGGCUGAAGACAAACUUGUUCAGUGAACUGCUAAUGAGAGAUCGGAUGCUUUAUAAUGCAUGAAAACAGAUGUCAAAUAACUAGCAAUUAAUCACAGCAUAUCAGGAAAACGUACACAGUGAGUUCUGUUUAUUUUAUUUUUUUAUAGGUUCGUUCUAUUUCUGUUCUCUAAGAUGUAUAUAAGGACCUAGCUACCAUAUUGUCCGUACCUCCUCUUCAUUUUCACGUUCCGUGCUUACUCGGGCAUCUGGCUAGUCUUGUCUCCUUGUAAGCCCGCUCAAGGGAAGUAAAGGGCCUUUUAUUUUUAUAAAGGUUACAAAAAAAAUCCCCCCAAAUAUUUUGCACUGAACGUACCAAAGUCGAAGGGACAUUACAAUAUGACUAACAGCAGCUCCAUCUCUUGCUGAGUUACAACAGACGUUGCUUCUGAAUCAGAUUUCCUUCCCAGUGCCGUGGCAGCCACUGCAAGGACUGUGCAUCUAAGUAAUAAUUUUUUUAAGACUCACACUAUGUGAUAGUAUGAUAUGCAUUUAUUUAAAAAUGCAUUAGAUUCUCUUCCAUCCAUCGACUACUUUACAGGAUGGCAUUUAUUACAGAAAUUUCGUAUUCCUCCUCCCCGCUGCUUUUUAUUUGUACAGCAUCAUCGAACAGCAAGCUUGGUUAGGGAGCCGUCGGCGGUGUCAGAGAGGUCAACUCUCCUCGUAGGAAGAAUUCCACUUUCCCUCAUCAGUGAAGAUACCACGAAUUGAAACUCUCAGCACUAUAUUUCUAGGCCUGCAUUUUCACUGAUGCAUAACUUUCUUAUUAAUAUCAAGAAAAAGUCUUUUCUAUGGUCUCUCAGAAACUGCAUGACAUCACUGACAAGCCUUCUUAAUUUAAUAAAAGGAUAUCCUUCAUUUUAAUUGCUUUCGGGACUGUCCCAUGCUAUUGUUUGUUCCUUGAUUUAUGACAUCGCUAAGCAGAUGCAGAAUUCAGUGAGGUGGGAUGGAAUUGAGGGCCGGGAAAACCAUUGGAUUAGCAUUUAAUCUGCCAGUCUGCGGGGAGGGGCGUUCCAGGCAUUCCCUACACAUUGCUCCGAGCAUCUUGUUUAUAAGUGGCGUGGACGUCUGUGGUGGGAUGUGGGUGACUUUGCAGGUCACGGGCUUACAUGCACAGGUACCCAGAGGUGUGUAGUAAGAGCAGUUACUCUCCUGCUAGUGAAGCUGUGUGUCCUGUUAGAUCCUCAGGAGGAAUGACGCUCAGGUUGUGUUACAGUGUUAAAAGAUAAGCACUGGAUGUGGGGAAACAUUCCAGGAGAAAAGCUUAUAGGAACCUGGGAAAGAUAUGAAGACUAUUUAUUUGUAUACUAUAAUUGGGCCAGAAAAAAAACUAAACCUUUUGACCGGAAUUAUUAGUUUGUACUUAUUUGCCAUGAAUACAAGUAUAUAUUUAAUUUUUGCAAACUUCUUUUGUUUGUGUUUUUUUCAUCGUAAGGAAAGCAGAGCACACCAACACGCUCUGAGAAUCACACUUUGAUGUGUCAGAGCAUCCCCUGACUGACAGCUGCCACAGGGUCUCCUCACGGGAAAGCUGCCUUUCCUUCAAAAGUACAUGUCUAGCUAGGCCGCGUUAGUGUUUGUUUGGUUUGAGACGUUUUGCCACCCACCGUAGGCCCUAUUGUUGGCGGAAGAUAUUUGAAAUAACAUGUACCCCUUUAUUUCUAAUUGAUGCUAUCUUGUUGAUGCUGAGGCAUCCAACUUCUCAAAUAACCAUUUUAGAUGCGCUCAGAUGUUCUUAAAGUAGUACGAUUUAGUCUAGUUGGCCCUGUUCUGAGAGUUGGAAAAUGAUCAGAAUUGAAGCUAGCAUAUCAGAAAACCAGGAUAACUUGUCUGCUGUUCUCCGUGGGUAAAACCAAAAGCACACGACUAACUUUUACAGCUUGUAAAAGUUAGACAACAUAGCCACUGAAUAAAUUAGAUGUUAUUGUAUACCACAAUUAGAAAUAUCCAUAAAUAUGUUCUUCUGGAAUGUGAACCCCAAUAACUUGGCUCUUUGGUUUGGUUUGAAGAGAUUUCUAAAUGAGGCUACUAGCAGCAUAAAAGACAAUUUUGGUACCCCAUCAUCGUUCAAAGCACGGACACAUCGUUGGGGUUCUCUUCGUGCCAGUCACUCAUUUGAUGAUGGAGCCCCCAAGAAUCUGAAUCUGGCCUCCAGAAAAACGCUCACGGUCUACUAGAGAGGGCAUUGAGUUUCCAAAACAUUUUUCAUUAAAAAAAAACCGAGUUCUACAAUUCAUGAAUGAAGAGAGAAUAACCUAUCCGUCCCCCCCCCCCCCCCCGCCCCGCCAGAGUCUUGGUUAUAGCUUCGUGUAUGUGAAACCGUGUAGCUCCAAGUCAUCAUCACAGAUGUGCUGUUUCUCUCGGUAACUACAAAGGUGUCAGAAUAUCAGUGCUGGUAAAUCUUGAGACCCAAAAUGCAUUCAUAAUGAGGAGGGCUUUGAGUCUACAGAUGGAGCCUGAGUUGUGAAGGAGCAAGUCAAGGGUCUUUAAAUUAUCAAAGAAAUAUCAUCCUAGAUAGAAAAGAAUAGAAAAAAAAAAGAAAUAUCAAAAUGAAGUCUGGGUAUUUCCUCCCAUCCCUGCGCUACAACACACGUUCCAUUUUCGGUGUAAAAUAUCUCAAUUCCUGAGCCAAAAACCACACCCGGGAUCAGAACAUCUCUCUGGCGCACAAAAUGAAUGGAAGUCACUUUUCUAGUACAUGCUGUAUUUAUACUUUAGUGGUCACUCUGUAAUAAAUAAAUAUAAAAGAUGCAAUUGAACUAGAGAAGGAAUACAUUUUGCAAAACCAGAGUGCAACCCCUCCAGACAUUCUCAGUCCAUUAAACUCUAGUCGUAAGGACUGAGGUCUGUUCACAGCCGCCCUGAUGGAAAUGUGAGAAAGCCCGAAGCGCUGGAGCCUUUGUUGCCCAGCGCUGAAGCGCUUCCCAGUGUUUGCCAGAGCAUCCUCAUCCUCCUUUGGUCCUCAGUGCUCGCUUAGGGAGAAGGAUCAAGCUCCCGCUGGGAUCGGGCUCAUUUCUCGCGUAACUGGGGAGAUGAGUUCUCCUACUUUGGUGCCGCGAUCCUGUUUCAUCGCGGGAACUACGAAGGCUAAUGUUUGUACCGAUCUACUCGAUUUUCAGACUUUCCUUUCCCGAACUCUCACUUUCUCAAACACGCUUCAGUUGUGGCGCUCCUGCGGAGGCCAUGGAGAAAGGAGUAUAUCCGUGGAGAAGGCUCUUCACCGGCACAGUGUUUACAUGUCCUGCCUGUGGGAGCAACUGAAGACCAGUCUGGUUGUCUUUGGUGGGCUUCCUUGGGGAUUAUGUAGAAGCAAGAAUAUGGAAAAGGCCAUUAUUGAUUUUUGCUAAACCCGAGUCUUCAGAGGCCUGGCAGCUGGCUCCCAGUGAUGUGGAGGAAGGGACCACCCGCAGCUUCCGUUUAUCUUCCUGUCUUCCUGAUAUUUAUUCAAAUGACUUUUUUUUUCUACCUUUUGCACUACUUCUCACAAGGAACAUAACUUAUAAUGAAGAGUCUAGAGUUUUAUUCAAUUUAACUUCAUUCAGGAAAUUCCAGGGGCAGGAAACGAGGCCGUUCUCUCAUGACAAGGCACCACUAACCCCACAUAAGAAACAACAUGCUGUUGAAAAAAAUACAGCCUGUCCCCCUCCCACGUCCCCAGUUACACUUGAGAUUUGGGUCAGCUGUUGCAGAGUGGUGUCCUCAAUCGGCCAGCCUACUCACAUGUGACUUGACUUUAAGUUAAUGAGAAUGUCCCCCUGGCAGCAGAUUCUAAUCAGAAGACUCUAUUUGCUUCGAAGUUAGUUUUGUUUUUAGAUCAUCUGUCUAGCACAGAAGCAAAGGAACCCCAGAGACAUCAGAGGUUUCUGGGCUGUAACUCAAGGUCCAACCACUACCGUUCAAAGGUUGGUUAAAAAAAUAAAAAGAGAUGCCUGGCAAUUGUACCGCUCUGGCCAUCUAACCGUAACUGCUGUCGAGAUUCAGGAGUAACAGCUGCAUCUCCAGGAACUGACGUUAUGGAUAGAAAGAACGUGUUUGACUCCGUGAGAGCCAUCAGGGUUAGGAGUGAAGGCGCAUUUAAGAUCGCAGGAGAGCCAAGGAGACAGGGGAACAUUGCUGCAAACACCAUCAGACUCAGAGCAUGCUGAAGGGGGAGUCGGAAUGUGUGACUUUUCUGAGUUGAAAACAAUGUCUUAGUUUUGUGAACACACUGAUGGGCCAUCUACCUGGUGGGAGAUACCCAUAUUGUGUGAUUUCAGUAAGCUAGUAUUUCCUGUUCUGCAAAAUGUCAUUUAGUCCCAAAGUUUUAAGGCUAACCAUAGCUUGAUCAGGAAGCUCAACAGUUUGCAUUGAUUUUUUUUUUAACUUGGAAAUUAUUGUUACUACUAUCAAACGCUAUUUUUGAAAUAAAAGUGCUUUUAUUUCAUUAUGGUUCGUUUGUUUUUACAGCUGACAUUAACAUAACUUUUGAGAUAUUCUCACUCUCCAAUCAGCUCUCCAAUUAGUGUUGAUUUACACUAUUAUAAUAGUGUAAUAUUACACUAUUUAUUAUAAUAGUGUAAUAUUACACUAUUAUAUUGUUGAUUUAACAUUUCCUAUUAGUGUGGAAAGCAAGCUCUGAAGUGUGAGGUUACCGAAUCACAAAAGGAGACCGAAUGACGGCUUCCUACCAAAGAAGUUAAGACAGCAGAUACAUUUGCUUCAGUUUUGAUGGUCAAGGUACUUGAUUCUGAUUUCGUGAUCAAAUAGCUCAACAGGACAGAUGGCUCUAGCUGUUUAUGAUUUUUAUGUCUGGUGGCCUUGGGCAAGUGAUAUCUUCAAAUCCAAUUUCAUUUUAAGAUAUGACAAACCUGAGGAAUGUUGAUAGGAAUGUUUAUGAUUCAAAGUGAAUCAGCUACUACUGGUGUAGGUAAGAAAUCAUCAGUAAAUUCUGGUAAUUAUCACCUUCUGUUAAAAGGGAUGGGUAAUGUUUAAGAAACACCUUGGAAGGGUGAACCAGGAAACACAGAACAGAAUGUUUUGUUAGGACAUCAAUGCCCUAAAAGAUAUAAUUACAGCUUAUUUUUCUUUAUGUAAUAUCAUAAGUAAAAUAUGGGGGCUGUUAGCACACUGGAAAGUGCAUAAGAUUACAUGUUUUUAUAAUAGGGGUGCAGGCAUUCCAAAAUAAAUGAAUGAAAAAAAAAACCUACAUGCAUCUCUCUUGCCUCUUACUGAAAGUAUUAAUCUAAUUUUAUAAUAAUGCUUACUUUUUAAUAUCAAGGCUCUGUAAAGACAUUUUAUUUCUAAGAUUUCAGUAGAGCACAGGCGGUGUAUUUUUUAAGCCUCUCUGUCUCUUCACCAGCCCCGCCCUUCAUGCCCACUGUACCAUAGAUCACAGUAAAUUGUCACACUUCUGGGUCUGUUGAUUUGAUUUAAGCUUUGUAUUUCUUCGGUGUAACUUUUAAUAGAGAAAACUAAUGGGAGGUGUUUGAUAUUAGAAUAAGAUUACACAGCCCUCAUUUGACCUUACAGUAACAUUUUUUUUUAAGGCACAUACUAUAGGGUGUUGGUAGCCGUCCUGGAAAUGCGUCAUGACUGGCAUUACACAAAGCUUACAACUGAAUCGUGGACCAGUUGUUCAUUUUUUUCCGGGAAGUCUGUAUUCUUAUCCUCACCUGAGCCCCUGACUCUUGUGUUGUAUUUUUUAUGAUUAUGAAAUGCUUUGACGGAAAGAUAUUUUAAUGUGUACAAUUUGUUUUAUUUUCAUACUGAUCUCUAUUUUUGUUUAAAGCCAUGUUACAUCACGAAAUCACUUAAUCAAAAAUAAAUUCUUC